AGCUCCAGAAUGAUAUAAAGAAAGUUAAAGCUGAGUUGCAACAGCAAAGAAGAGAAUGCAACAAUGAUCUUUCUCCCCAGGUUUUAGAUAAGGUUUUUGGGUAUGAAAAGCUUCCCCCUCUGAAGAGUAGUGCUGCCGCGGAUGAAAUUAUAAGAUGGAAGGAAAGUAAAGAG